GUUGCUUAUAAAUUAGAUGUAUUCUCCUCAGAGCUGUCGUAAGCAUAUAACAAGUAGCAACCACCAUGGGGAUGAACAAGUUCUUUUCAGUUUUGCUUUCCUCAUAUUUUUGCUUUCAUGUCCUUAUUUUUCACUCAUGCCUUGCCUUGAGAUUGAGUGGAAACGAGACAGAUCGACUGGCCUUGCUUGAAAUCAAGGCGAGGAUAACCUAUGACCCUCUUGAAGCCUUGACUUCAUGGAACGAAACCAACCAUUUUUGCAAUUGGCGUGGUGUCACGUGCGGUCUUCUUCACAAGAGGGUCACGGUGUUGAACCUGCAGUCCUUCAAACUUUCAGGCUCUCUGUCACCACAUGUUGGGAACUUGAGUUUUUUGAGAGUACUUUCUCUCACCAACAAUAACUUGAGCCACCAAAUUCCUCCAGAAAUCGGCCGUCUCUCAAGAUUGCAAGAUAUAGUUUGGGAGAAUAAUUCCCUUACCGGGGAAAUUCCCUCAAACUUAUCGCGUUGCUCUCAACUCUCCAGAAUUGCUUUUGGUGGGAAUUUUCUGGUAGGAAGACUUCCUGAGGAGGUUGGCACUUUGUCGAAGUUACGAAUAAUUUCGAUACUCGUCAACAAUCUUACAGGAAGUAUCCCCUACUCCUUCGCCAAUUUAUCAUCUCUUGAGUUGCUUAUGGCACCUGGUAAUGAUUUUUAUGGGAGUAUUCCAGAUAUCUUUGGUCAAAUGGCCAAUUUUAAAGUUCUUGGUUUGGGUGUUAAUAGGUUCUCAGGUGUGAUCCCUGCCUCACUCUAUAAUCUCUCUUCCAUUAGUAUCAUUGAUGUUACAGUUAACAGAAUCCAAGGCACUUUACCUCCAAACAUAGGUAUUGUCUUUCCAAGUCUAGAAUAUUUUGGGGUCGGCCACAACAAAUUUACUGGACCUCUUCCUAUUUCGUUAUCUAAUGCCUCAACUCUAACUUCUCUUUGGAUGGAAGGAAACAAAUUUGAGGGGAAAGUUCCUUCUUUGAAAAGUUUAGUUAAUCUUGAGUACUUGAAUAUUGCUUACAACAAUCUUGGAAGGGGGGAAAUCGAUGACUUGAGCUUUGUUUGCGAUCUGACUAAUGCCACCCGUUUACAACAACUGAUGUUCGAUACAAACAAUUUUGGGGGCAAUUUAACUCAAUGCAUAGCCAACUUGUCUUCUUCUCUUGUAUACUUGCAUGUAGAACACAAUAAAAUCACAGGAAGCAUCCCCCAUGGGAUUGGAAAUCUGGCUAACCUAGAGAGCAUUUGGUUUGCUCAGAACCAAUUUUCAGAAAGCAUCCCCACUGACGUGGGAAAGCUUCGGAAGUUAUACGAAUUAGAUUUGGGUUUUAACAAUCUCUCCGGCCAUAUCCCAUCGUCAUUUGGGAAUUUCAGUGAACUAUCUAUAUUGAGUUUAGCUGGUAACAAACUUGACGGCAAUAUUCCCUCAAGUUUAGGUAAGUGCCAGAAAUUGAUUACCUUGAUUCUUGCUAAUAACAACCUCAGUGGUAUCUUAUCCCCUCAAGUCAUUGGCCUGUCAUCAUCCUAUGUGGCAUUGGAUUUCUCUAAAAAUCAGUUGACUGGUUUCCUUCCCAAAGAAGUAGGAAAUUUGAUAAAUCUGGAGUAUUUUCGUGUUUCUCAAAACAUGCUGUCUGGGGAAAUUCCAACAAGUCUUGGUAGUUGCAUAAAAAUUGAAUCUCUAGACCUGCAAGGAAACUUCUUUCAAGGGACGAUUCCAUCAUCUCUGAGUUCACUAAAAGGAAUCAAAGAAUUAAAUCUUUCUCGCAACAACUUGUCAGGCUCGAUUCCAGAAUUCUUAGAGCGUCUUCAAGUUUUGCAAUCUUUGAAUCUAUCUUAUAACAACUUUGAGGGCAUGGUACCAAUGAAGGGGGUUUUCAAGAAUGCAACUGCCACAUCGAUUGAAGGAAAUAGCAAGCUCUGUGGGGGAAUUCCUGGAUUCCAUUUGCCCAAGUGCAAACUCCAACAUUCCAACAAGGGAGGAUUAAGCCCAAAAAUGAAAUUGAUAAUUUCUCUGGUUUGUGGCAUUCUUGGGGUUACUUUUGCACUAGUCUUUUUGUACCUCCGUCGGCCACAGAGGGCAAAAAUAGAGCGGACUUCAAGUGAUUCAGAAAAUUUUCUCUCAGUCUCUUACCAAAGUCUUCUCAAAGCUACUGAUGGAUUUUCCUCUGUCAACUUGAUUGGUAUGGGCAGUUUUGGGUCUGUCUACAAAGGAGUACUUGAGCAAGGUGAAACAAUUGCUGUCAAAGUACUCAACCUUGUUCAUCUCGGAGCUUACAAAAGUUUUAUUGCUGAGUGCGAUGCUUUAAGGAAUAUUAGACACCGUAAUCUUGUCAAGGUACUCUCGGCAUGUUCUGGCUUUGAUUAUCGCGGUCACGAUUUCAAAGCCUUAAUUUAUGAGUUCAUGGUUAACGGGAGCUUGGAGGAAUGGUUGCAUCCAACUCAUACAAUUGGUGAGACAAGUCAGAGGCCAAGGAGCUUAACAAUUUCUCAGAGGUUGAAUAUUGUUAUUGAUGUUUCUAUGGCACUGGAUUAUCUCCAUCAUCAUUGUGAGACGCCAAUAGUUCAUUGCGACCUCAAACCCAGCAAUAUUCUUCUCGAUGAGGACAUGGUUGCACAUGUAGGUGACUUCGGGUUGGUGAGGUUCCUACCAAAAGCUGCUGAAAAUUCUUCGGGAAAUCAAUCAAGUUCUUUAGGGAUCAAGGGAACUAUUGGUUAUGCUCCUCCUGAAUAUGGCAUGGGACAUGAAGUGUGGACACAAGGUGAUGUGUACAGCUUUGGUAUCCUCCUGUUGGAAAUAUUUACAGGAAAGCGACCAACCGAUAACAUGUUUGAGGGAACUUCAAACCUUCAUAACUUUGUGAAGGCAGCUCCGGAGAAAGUGGAAGAGGUUUUGGAUCCCGUUCUUGUUCAAGAGAGUGAUUGUCAUGAUGAGGAUAGCAAAAGGAAUCACGUCCAAAUCGAAAAAAGUUUAAUGUCAGUUUUAGAAAUUGGUGUUGCUUGCUCAGCAGAGUUGCCUAGAGAAAGAUUGGACAUCAAUGAUGCUAUGGCACAAAUGUGUCGGAUCAGAAACAAACUUCGAGCAAAUGGUAUGUGUGAAUAGAAGCUUAUUGUUAGUACGUGGUAUAGCAUGUAAUAUUACUACAUUUUAUGUGA